AUGGAAAGACUUGACGAAGACAGUGCCGAUUUGGAUUUUUUAGAAGAAAAUUUAGAACAAACCGAAGAUUUAACAGAAAAAAUGACUAGCAUGCUGAACGUGUUUGAUGAUCGAUUAGUAAGAUUGGAAGCUUCAAUAUUGCCGAUCCACAAGUCGACUCAGACAUUAACUAAAUUGGUGGACAAUAUUGACAAAACACGUAAUGCCGUGGUUGAGAUCAUUGGAUAUUUUGACUUGGUUGAACGAGAAGAGGUGAUUAUAAAAAAAGGGCCAGAUGGAAAUGAUUUGGAUUCUUACUUAAAUUCUAUCGGCAAAUGUAAUAAAGCCAUGGAAGUUUUGGGUGCAAUGAGUUUAAAAAGUAGUGAAAAAAUUAUUGGACAGUUGAAACAAAUAUUAAAAGCCGCAAUGUUGCAAUUAGAGGAUCUUUUUCGACUUUGGUUAACAGAACGAAGUAACUCCAUUGAGCCACUUUCUUUUCUAACAAAGAGUAAGAAUUGGAAAUACCUGGAAUACCAAAUUCAGCUUCAAAAAAACCUUGCGACAUUAUCUUCUUACCUUGCAACAGCGGGUCCAGAACUAGGUUAUACAAGCGAAUUCGCUAAAGUAUAUAUUGAUGUUAGAUCAAAUUAUCUAGUGAAAUCAUUAACAAUGUUGGCUCAGGCUUCAAUCAGCACUGCUGAAAAGAGAAGUACCCCAGUAUACGAAAAGGGUACAUGUGGCUUCAACUCAUACACUGAGGCUGUAUUAAUGAUGUUUAUGACAGAAUAUGGAGUUGCAAAAAAAAUACUUCCAUUAGAAUAUGUUUCGAGUAGUUUCAGAGAUACUAUACAACCAUCAAUCGAUAAUUUUGUGGAGAUAGGAAAAGCAUUGAAUAUUCGUGUAAAAAAGAAUAUGCAAACUGACAUAUAUCUGGCUCUUGAUAUGAUGGAAACAUUGAAUCUGAAUAUGAGUACCUUUGAAGAAAUAUUCAAACUAGCUGGUAGAAAAGAUUCUGCAUUCGGUGACUUGCUUCAUUCAUUGCGAGCAGUUGCUAUACGUUCUUUUCCAGAGUUCUUGGAUGAAAUUAAGAGCCAUCCCACGAAAACAUCGGGCCUUCCAAACGAUGGUACUAUACAUGAACUGACAAUUACAACUUUACAACACUUGAAACGACUAACUGAUUAUCCAGAAACUAUUGAAUCAACUUUGGUAACAUUAGGUGAUGGUAAUUGGAAUGCUUCAGAGAAAGAUCCUAAUUUCUCUCGAGAUAGGAACGGGAGAAUUCCAGGAAAUGCAGUCAUGAAGCAUUAUUUCGCUGAUUUUUUGGAUUGUUUAGCACAAAGCCUUGAUAGUAAAGCAAAAACAUAUAAAAAGCCUGCGUUAACUGCUAUCUUUUUGCUAAAUAAUUAUUAUUACAUAUUAAAAGCUAUAAGAACUCAAUUUAUGUCAGUUCUGGAUCCAGAGGUUGAUAUAAUAAAACUUGUUCUAAUAGAUUUUGAAUACAGAUGGAAAACAUGUUUCUCUAAUCUUAUGGAUUAUACAUGGGUCCGCGGUGGUGCUUUAAAGACCACAUUAGGCUCAAAUGAAAAACAAACUGUCAAAGAAAAAUUUAAGAACUUCAAUACAGAAUUUGAUGAACUUUACAAAGUUCACAAAGGGUAUGCGAUGCCCGAUAUUGAACUACGUAGCCAAGUUAUAAGAGAUAUUAGAGCUGUUUUGAUACCUAUGUACAAUCGUUUUUUGGAAAAACAUCAACAAUCAGAAUUCUCAAAAAACCCAACAAAAUAUAUAAGAUACGAUUCGGCAACGCUGGAGAGUACAGUAAAUCGUUUGUUUGAUGGUUCUAUGUAA